UUUGCAAUAAUAAAAGACACAUAAUUAUUGGCAACAUUGCUAGAAGUCAAUGUCAAAAUAACAGUUUUUCAGUUCUGUGUUUCAGUUGUUUUUGGAUUUGUUCCGUGUUUGUUCAUUAUAUUUGGAUUGUGAUUUGGAUAUAGCACUUUUUAACUUUUUUAAUAUAAAAUUUGGAAAUUGUUAAUAAACAUUAAUAUUAAAUAUCCGCAAAUAUGUCUUCUGUUCCUUAUUCAAUAGAUCCGCGUGCUCGUGAGCUUAUUCCUAAAUCUAAAGUUCUUGUUGUGGGAGCCGGUGGAAUCGGUUGUGAAGUUUUAAAAAAUUUGGCUCUAUCAGGCUUUGAGGAUAUCGAAAUUAUUGAUUUGGAUACCAUCGAUGUUAGUAACCUCAAUCGCCAGUUUUUGUUCAGAAAGGAGCAUGUUGGAAAGCCAAAAGCUGUUGUAGCUCGAGAAAGUAUUUUAGCUCAUAAUCCUAAUAUCAAAAUUAAAGCAUAUCAUGACAGUGUUCUAAGCUCAGAUUAUGGUGUAAACUUUUUUAAAAAAUUUAGUCUGGUUCUUAAUGCUUUGGAUAAUAGGACAGCCAGAAACCAUGUUAAUAGGAUGUGUUUAGCAGCAGAUAUUCCCUUAAUUGAAUCUGGUACUUCUGGUUAUUCAGGCCAGGUUGAAUUAAUUAAAAAAGGUGUAACUCAAUGCUACGAAUGUCUUCCAAAACCACCACAAAGAACUUUUCCAGGUUGUACUAUAAGAAAUACACCCUCAGAACCAGUUCAUUGUAUUGUGUGGGGAAAACAUUUGUUUAAUCAACUUUUUGGAGAAGAUGAUCCAGAUCAAGAUGUCUCUCCAGAUGCAGAAGAUCCUGAAGCUAAAUUGGAUGGAAAAAAUAGUGUGACAGACAGUGGUAAUAUUAAAAGAGUUUCUACGAAACAGUGGGCUCAAGAUGUGGAUUAUGAUGCUGAAAAACUUUUUAAUAAAUUUUUCAAUGAAGAUAUUAAAUACUUAUUAAGUAUGGAGAACUUGUGGAAAAAUCGAACACCACCAAAACCUUUAUCAUGGAAAGAUGCCCAAGAUCUGGUUACAGAUGAGAAUACUAAUAAUGAUAGUAGUGUAAGGGCUGUUGAUAUGGAAGUUUGGUCUAUUGCAAAAUGCUCCAAGGUUUUUUCUGAAAGUAUAAACUUACUGCAACAUGAUUUGAAAGGAAAAAGCUAUUUGGUAUGGGAUAAAGAUGACAAGCCCGCAAUGGAUUUUGUUACAGCUUGUGCAAAUGUUAGAGCCUACAUAUUUUCCAUUGCUCAAAAAUCUCGGUUUCAAAUUAAAUCUAUUGCCGGUAACAUUAUUCCAGCAAUUGCUACUGCCAAUGCCAUCAUUGCCGGUCUUGUUGUUUUGUAUGCUUUCAGACUUCUUGUUGAGGAUUAUGAGAAAUGCAAUUCCAUAUAUUUACGUCCAAAAUCAGUUCACUCAAAGUUUGUUUUAGCUGCAGAUAAACAGCUCAGUAAGGCAAAUCCAAACUGUUACGUUUGCAGUCCUCAACCAUUUGUAAAUGUUUUUGUCAAUGUUAAUAAACUUACCGUAAAAGAAUUCGAGACUGAGCUCUUAAAGAAACAUUUAAAUAUGGUAGCUCCAGAUGUGGUUUUAGAUGGAAAGGGAGUUAUGGUUAUUUCUUCUGAAGAAGGAGAAACAGAAGCAAAUAAUGACAAAAUAUUAUCAGAACUGGGAAUUGUGGAUGGUAGUAUUUUAAAAUGUGAUGAUUUUUUGCAAAAUUAUGAACUUACUGUGCUUGUUAAUCAGUAUGAAGCAGUGGAAAAAGAUGAUCCUCUGUAUAAAGUUGUUGCUAAUCCAGAGGAAUUGAAAGCAAAGGAGUCCAAAAAGGCUACAGAAAAUGGUGCUUCUGAACAGAAAGAACCUGAAAGUGAUGAGGAUGAUAUUGUAUGUAUGGAAUCUAAUACAAGUGAAGAUCCUCAAGAAGGAUCUUCCAGUAAAAGGAGAAAGUUGAAUGAAGACAGCGAUGAUGAUAUAGUAGAAGUUCCAUUGUAAUAAAUCAGUAAUGUGAAGAACUGUUAAAUAUAGUUUUUUUGGAUCGAUGAAUGUUUAUAGUAAAAAAUUUCUAUAUAAGUGUAAUAAUUAUUUUUUGUUCUUCUUAGUGUAUGUGCUGGAAUUUAAAAUACAGAAAGAAUUUGGAAGCCGCUUAAACUUGAAUUUUUUUUUACUUUUAUAUUAAUCUUAGAAUGUACUUGAUGAGUAAACAAGUGGAUAUUCUAUAUUUUAUGAUCUGUAUUAGUUAUAAUUCUAAGAAUGUCGUAAUUUAUUGUAUUGUUGUCUUUAAAUUUGUGAAUUAUGAUUGAUUUUUCAAUAAAAUUAAUU